AUGUGGAAAGUGAGGCUAGUAUUCGCUGUUGUUUCUAUUGCUUGUGUUUUGCCAAGGUCUCGGACGUACACAAUACAAAACGAACUAAGUCUACACACGGCUCUAUUUCCAACAACCUACGAUCCUCACGUUAGACCAGGAACGGAUAGGACAAAUCCUCUACAAAUAAACGUUACGUUUUACUUAUUCAGCAUCAAGGAGUUUGACGAGACUAUAAGCAAGUUCUCCAUUACCGGCGGUCUAGCUGUUUCAUGGAUUGACGAUCGGUUAACAUGGGAUCCGACAAACUAUGGGGGGAUAGAGGUCACUGUUGUGCCUCAGAAGAAAUUAUGGAUUCCAUAUCUCGUCAAUAUGCUGGACUAUAACUCCCUUAGUGAAAUUGGGCAUCAGAAUAUGAAUGUUAGGGUGGAGAAAGAUGGACAGGUGAACUGGGUAACGCCAAAUCUUUUUGAGAGUACGUGUGAUGCUGAUUUAUCUUAUUACCCAUUUGAUACUCAGACUUGUACCCUGAGAUUCUUUAUACCAGGAUAUUUGCCCUCCGAAAUAGUUUUCAUGAUAAGCGAGCAGAUGUAUAUGUCGGAAUUUAGUGCAAACAGUCUUUGGAAGGUGACUGAAACAAAACUAUUUACUUUCACAAAUACUCUUCUUCUCCAGGAGGCGCGAAUGGCCAUCACUAUGAGAAGAAGACCGGUUUACUAUAUAUCUAGCUUAAUUCUCCCCGUUGCUUUCCUUUCGUUUCUCCAACUAUGUGUAUUUCUUAUGCCACCCGACUGUGGCGAACGUGUAGGUUUUGUUGUGACCGUACUUCUAGCAAUCGCUGUAUAUCUUACUCUAGUUCAAGAUAAACUUCCAGAGGGAUCAGAACCUAGUGUAUCGUUCCUUAGCUACAAACUUUUGGGCGACUUCAUGGUCGGUGUUUUUAUGGUGGUAGGCGUUGUCAUUGGACUACGUUUCUAUCAGAGAGAGGAGGAUAAGCCCAUUCCAAAUUACUUACAGACUUUUCACAGAAUUUCCCUCUGUGAUUGCUUUUGCUACAGGAGAAAGCGGAAGGUGCACUUUGACGAGGGAGACACCGUCAAAGAUGUAACGCUGGAUCCUGUGACUGAAAUUUUAACAUGGCGUGAUAUUGGAAUUGCUACUGAUCGUUUCUGUCUAAAAGUGUUUGGAUUUUGUCUGAUGAAUUGUAACAUUCUUUAUCUCAUUGUCCUUGCUAUCUUAGCGUGAAGGAAAAUAUUUAAAUUACUUUUACUACAGAAUUUCCUAAAAAGACGGAAGAAACUCCCCUACAUAAAUUGUUAAGUGCAUAUUAACUCUUCUUGCAUUGGUAUGAUAAAAACUUUAAAAGGACGUAAGUUCCUAACUUUCAAACUAUUUAGAGACAAGUUGGUCUCCCUAAAAAAAAAUAGGUUGACCAUAGGCACGUAUUUCCAAUAUAAUUCUUCAAAACACUAUAAUUGUAAAAAUCAUUCACAUCAUAUUGUAUGAAAAAAAAAUAAACAUUUUGUUAAAGCUAUUAGAGAAAUGGUAAAACCAUAACCUUGAUAUCAAUAUUAGACCUAGACCAACUUCAUUGUUGUACUCAGCAUUAGGAAUUAAAGAGGGGUCAUCCAUG